AUGGCAACGUCGUAUGUGCGUUGCAACUUGGCUGAGAUCGUUUACAAACCGGACCUUAUUGAAUGCACGUUAUCCAGAGCAUUUUUGAGUGAUGGUUUGAUGGAUCAGUGUAGGGUACAAGGUCGCGCAUCAGAUCAGUUGCAUGAAGACGAUGAACUGAGAGAUGAGGAAUUGGAGCUGCAAGAUGAUGUGUGUGAUACUGAGGUAAAGCCAUACUCUCAGUUGAUUCCAUCUGAUGUUGAAGAAUGUCACACUGGAGAUGAAAUUCAUUUGGAUGAACACAGUGACAAAGAAUUAGAUGUGGCUCACGAUGUUGCCUCAAAAAUACCAGAAUUAUACUAUCAAGACGAUGAAGAGCUGAAACAAGAGUAUGAGCUAAUGAUCAAAAUGGGACUGCCAGUCAUAUUUUUCAACACUCCAAGAGAUGCACAAAGUGCAAAAGCAAGAAUAACAUCUACGUUUGGUUUUCAUGAGCAAAGAUCGAAGAAAAGUAAUCAGCGUAAACCCAGACAUCCACAGCAAACUUCAGAGUCUGGAGAUGAGGUAAGUCAAAAGAAACCAAAGAAGAAGAAGCGGAAGCCUAGAAACAGGAAUUCUGUACAAAGGGGCAAAGAUGAUCAAAGGCAAGAUUUUGGUAUUGAAGAAGAAUUUGAACAGCUUGGCUUGGGAGAGGCUCCAAUGCCAGGGCCAUGGGUACCCGUCAAUCCAGACCAGGAUGAUGUGCAAGUGGAUGAAGACUGCUUGACAUUGGUGGCAGAGGACACAAAGUGGCAAGAAUAUUGGUUACAACAUGGCCACUUCCUGGCUUGGAAAAGUUGGACGGAAUUAUAUCCUCAAUAUACAAAGGAGUACGAGUCACUUGCUUCAUCCAAGGAAACUGAAAACGUACCCCUGGAUGACAAUGUAGUUUCUAAUGACAAUGUAAUCUCUGAUGACAAUGUAAUUUCUGAUGACAAUAUAACGUCUGAUUCACUGACUUUGAAGCAACUGUGGGAAGAUCAUUAUACCGAACAGUAUUGGUUUUAUUUCCGCCAAUAUCAGUCAUGGUUUGCUUCUUCUAAAGUCAAUAAUUCUGAGACCAGUUUGGAUGACAGUGAGGUUGAUCAGAAUGCUUUUGCAAGAGAAGAAAACUUGCUAGAAGGGAUUGCAAAAGGGCAAGAUGGGUAUGAAAUUGAUUGCGACUUAGAGUUGGGUGAUGAUGCUCCUGGAAGCAGCUACACUGAGGAAGACGAGGUAAACGAAAAGAUUGGUGAUGAGCAAGACAGUUGUGACAUUACGGAGAAAGCAGCGGAUAACAGCAGUAUAUUGGUUGCUGUUGUUGUGGACUCUGAAAAGGCAACCUUGUUAUCUGACGAUGAAAUUGAGAUAACAGAGAAGCAAGAUGAAUCAAACUUUCAGUCUAACAAUUUGUGUUCACCCAGCGAUGUCCAGCCAUCUGAUUAUGAUAUACACAUUGACGUUCUUCAGAUAACACCAGAAAUCAAUAAUGGUACACACAAUAGUGAAAUAUGUAGUCCAGUUGAGCCUCUCGAUAGCAGAAUCUACUCUGAUGAAGCUCAAAGACAGCCAAGCAGAAACCCUAUGAAACGAAGCAAUAACCCAGAAGAUUGUCCUACUGAAGAACUGUUGCAUGCAUAUAGAAUGAUGGGCUUUGCUGUGAACAGACCACCAGCCAAGCUAUACAAAGGAUGCUCAACUAUAUCCAAUAGUUAUAUCACAUACCAUCAGAAACAAUUGAGAAAGAACCACAGGCAUCUCCGUCUCCGAGAACCAAAAACUGAUCAUGCACAUGUGCAACCCAUUCAUAUUCAUUUCCACGACAAUGAUGAGAGUGAUCCACCUGAACGUUCUGAAAAUUUAUGUGAUGAUUCUGGUAAGAGUGACGUCAGCAUUGGAACUGUUAUGCUGGGAACAGCCCACAUACAGACACCGACCUUAGGAAAGGUUAAAGAAUUUCUGGAAGAAGUAUCUCCUGAUGGUUUUGAGCAGAACGAGGCAUCAGUCAUGCCAGCUCAAAGCAAAGUUGUGACAAAGUCACAUGAUGCCUUUCAUCAUGUCGAAGCUCCAGAUGAUCCAGAGCUGGCAAAGUACUGGGCUCAGAGGUAUCGCCUGUUCUCGUUGUAUGACAGUGGAAUUCAGAUGGAUAGGGAGGGAUGGUUCUCUGUCACACCCGAAAAGAUUGCUGAGCAUAUUGCUGAACGAUGUCGUUGUGAUUUGAUCAUAGAUGCUUUCUGUGGUGCUGGUGGUAACGCCAUUCAGUUCACCUUUACUUGUGAACGAGUAAUUGCCAUUGACAUCGAUCCAGUGAAGAUUGAGUGUGCUCGCCACAAUGCUGCAAUUUAUGGUGUGGAAGAUCGGAUAGACUUCAUUGUUGGAGAUUUCAUGGUCCUUGCAGAUAAUCUAAAAGCUGAUGUGGUGUUUCUGAGUCCACCAUGGGGUGGACCUGCCUACUGCAAUGCAGAUGUCUUCAACAUUGAAACAAUGAUUGAACUAAAUGGAUUUAGCAUAUUCGAGAAAGCUCAAUCCAUUACUGAAAACAUCGCCUUCUUCCUACCAAGAAAUGCUGACAUAGAACAGCUUGUCUCUUGUGCCGGCCCAGGCAACAAAGUCGACAUCGAACAAAACUUUAUCAGCAAAAAAUUGAAGACCCUUACAGCAUACUACGGGGAGCUGGUCAAUCCAUAGUAGAAAAGUAAUUCUAGAUAGGAUAUUAUUACUUGGUGUAGGUGACUGCUUGGUCAUAACCAUUUAGACAGACUAGAUGAUGAAUGUACUAUGUGACAUCUUACACUAUAAUAUAAACCAUUCACAAAUUUUUAUUAAUUAAAA